AUGGACUCCUCCGACAUCAUGGAUGACGAUGUCUUUAGCCUGGACAAUGAUUCUGAUGGCUUCGUCCCCGAGCCGAAAAAAACAAAGCCUGCGGUCUCCAAGGCAAAGAAACUCACGCAAACAACACUGAAGCCAAAGGCGCCCGCCAAGAAGCGAAAAGUUAUCAGCGACGAUGAAGAUGAUGUCAACGACUCCGCCGGCUUCGCAAACACACCUCCGAGCUCCAAAAAGACGAAAAAGGCGCCCCCGGCCAAGAAAUCAGGUGGCGUGCCCCUGGCAGAGGUCGAAAAUGACAGCAUGGUUGUGGACUCGACCCCGAAAUCUGCGGGCAAAAAGAAAACGGCCACCGACACGUACCAGAAACUCACUCAGCUCGAGCAUAUCAUCAAGCGUCCCGACACAUACAUUGGGUCGGUCGAGUCGACUGAGCAGCAAAUGUGGGUGUUCAAUAAGGAAACGCAGCUCAUGGAAUACAAGACCAUUAGCUUCGUUCCCGGUUUCUUCAAGAUCUUUGAUGAAAUCAUGGUCAACGCUGCUGACGUCAAGCAGCGCUACACCACCAUGUCCUUUAUCAAAGUCAACAUUGACCGUGAGUCUGGCCAAAUCUCAGUUGAAAACAACGGCAAAGGUAUUCCCGUGGAGAUACACGAGAAAGAAAAGAUUUAUAUUCCCGAGCUCAUCUUUGGCCACCUUCUUGCCGGUUCCAACUUUGACGACGAAGAGAAGAAGACUGUCGGUGGUCGUAACGGUUACGGAGCCAAGCUCUGUAACGUUUUCAGUACAGAGUUUACUUUGGAAUGUCAGGAUUCCGGCAACGGAAAAAGGUACAAGCAGACAUGGACGGACAACAUGUCCAAGAUGGGCAAGGCCAAGAUCACAUCCAACAAAACGUCCGACUUUGUUCGCAUCACUUUUAUGCCCGACUACAAGCGCUUCGGAAUGCCCAACGGCAUUGAUGAAGACUUGGAGAGUCUGCUCUACCGACGAGUUUACGACAUGGCUGGCACCAUUCGCGGGAUCAAAGUUCACCUCAACGGAGAAGUGAUCAAGAUUCCAACCUUCAAAGCGUAUUGUGAUCUGUACGCCAAGUCUAUCGCAAAGGAGCGAUCCGCCGAGGAAGGUGGCGAACCUACCUGCAGUGUUGAAAUUGACAAGGACAAGUCGCACCCACGAUGGGAGGUUGGCUUUGCAGUUUCUGACGGCACUUUCCAGCAAGUCUCCUUCGUCAACAAUAUUGCAACGACAAGCGGCGGAACCCACGUCAACUAUAUUGCAGACCAGAUUACUGCUAGUCUCUUGAAGACGCUGAACAAGCGCAAGAAGGGCCACACCUUGAAGCAAAGUCAUUUGCGAAACCACAUCUUCAUCUUCGUCAACUGCUUCAUCGACAACCCGGCUUUUACAUCACAAACCAAGGAGCAAAUGACUACCAAAGCCAGUCUCUUCGGCAGCAAAUGCACCCUUGGAGACCAGUUCUUAAAGAAGAUUGCUCAAUCUGAAGCUGUCGAAAAUAUCAUGAGUUUUGCUGAGAAAAAGGCGGACAAGAUGAUGGCCAAGAGCGAUGGUAACAAACGUUCACGUGUGAGCAACAACAAGCUCGUUGAAGCCAACUUGGCAGGUUCGCGUCGCGGUCACGAAUGCACUCUAAUCUUGACGGAAGGUGAUUCCGCCAAAGGUUUGGCUGUAUCAGGCAGAGCGAUUCUCGAUCCCGAUCGGAUUGGUGUUUUCCCUCUGCGAGGCAAGCUUCUCAAUGUCCGAGAUGCGUCAAUCGACCAAAUCACGAAGAAUCAAGAGAUUCAAAACAUCAAGCAGUUCUUGGGUCUCAAGCACAAGCAAAAUUACACUGAUACAAAGUCGCUCCGCUACGGUCACUUGAUGAUCAUGGCGGAUCAGGAUCAUGACGGUAGUCAUAUCAAGGGUCUUUUGAUCAACUUCUUGCAAGUUCAGUUCCCGUCUUUGCUCCAGAUUCCCGACUUCUUCCGUGAAUUUGUGACGCCAAUUAUGAAGGUCUGGCAAGGGUCCGACCCGAAGAAGCCCACAAAGCAGCACUCUUUCUUCACCCAGCCUGAAUUCAACGAAUGGAAGCAGAGUCACCAACACGAACUAGGCAGAUGGCAAUCAAAGUAUCUCAAGGGUCUGGGCUCUUCAUCGAAUGAGGAUGCACAGGUGUACUUCACCAAUCUCGAUCAGCAUCUCAAGGAAUUCGAAGUCAUGCAGCCUGAGGAAGCUCAGCUUUUUGACCUCGCUUUCUCCAAGAAGAAAGCAGAUGCACGCAAGGAGUGGCUCGGAAACUUUGUUCCUGGAACGUAUCUGGACCACGGAACCAAGGCCAUCACAUACACCGACUUUGUCAAUAAGGAGCUCAUCCUGUUCAGCAUGGCCGAUAACAUGCGAUCCAUACCCUCCGUCGCAGAUGGCCUAAAGCCUGGUCAGCGUAAGGUUAUGUACUCUUGCUUCAAGAGAAAUUUGACCAAGGACAAGAAGGUCGUUGAACUGUCAGGUUAUGUCUCUGAACAAUCUGCCUAUCACCAUGGUGAACAGUCACUUCAGCAAACCAUUAUCGGCCUUGCUCAAACCUUUGUCGGCUCCAACAAUAUCAAUCUUCUGGAGCCCAGCGGUAUGUUUGGUUCUCGUCUUGCUGGUGGUUCCGAUGCCGCCAGUCCUCGUUAUAUCUUUACUAGAUUGUCUCCUUUUGCGAGAAAAAUCUUUCUCGCAGCGGAUGAGCCCAACCUGAAGCAGCAGUAUGACGAUUCGAACACUAUUGAGCCCGAGGUUUAUGCCCCCAUCAUUCCCAUGAUUCUUGUCAAUGGCGCGGAUGGUAUCGGUACUGGUUGGAGUACUUCGAUUCCAAACUAUCACCCAACUGACAUCGUCAAGAAUUUGAAACGCCGCAUGGGUCGUGAGGGCUUUACAGAAGACGACGGGCAUCCUUUUGAGCCUAUGAUGCCCUGGUUCCGCGGGUGGAAGGGCACCCCCGAGGCUGCUGGUCCUGACCGUUACAAGUUCAAUGGUAUUGCACACCAGAACGACCAGAACCCGAAUGAAGUGGUGGUGACUGAGCUUCCCAUCAGGAUGUGGACCGACGAUUUCAAGGCAAAAUUAGAAAAAGUCAUCAGUGGCGGCGAAGGGGCUGCUUGGAUCAAGGACUACAAGGAAUUCAACGACCACAACACGGUGCACUUUGAGAUUAUGGUUGACGAAAAGUAUAUGGACAAGGUACUCGAGGAAGGGCUCCUAGAGCGCUUCAAGCUCCAGAAGCAGGUUGCUACCUCGAAUCUAGUUGCCUUUGAUAUUCAAGGUCGGAUUCGCAAGUACGACAAGGUGGAAGAUAUCAUGGAAGAGUUCUACCUGUACCGGUUAGACAUGUACUUGGAGCGGAAGAAGUACUGGCUCAAUGUCCUCCACCGUGAUUAUCGCAGGCUCAAAAACCAGGCUCGGUUCAUCCAAGAAAUCAUUAGCAAUGUACUGGUGGUUGGCAAAAAGAGGAAGCAGAUUUUGGUCAAGGAAUUACGCGACCGCAAAUAUGAAGCGUUUCCACCCAAGAAAACGGGCGCCAAGGCAGACGAAGAAGAGCUCGGCCAAGCCUCGAAUGCCGAAGACGACGAAGCACAAGAUGGCGGUGCACGAGACUACGAUUACCUGCUGUCCAUGCCGAUUUGGUCAUUGACAGCCGAGCGUUUGGAGAAGCUUCUCGAGGCCAUUGCCAAAAAGAAGGCUGAGCACGAUGAACUUCAGGCAAAGUCGGAGAAAGACCUUUGGUGCGAAGACCUUGACGCAUUCAUGGCCGAGUGGGAUAAGCAGGUUGCUAUCGAUGCCGAGAUUCAGACCAAGAUCCGUCGCCUAGGCCGUCGCGUUUCGAAGAAGAUAGGUGCUGGCAAGAGCCGCAAGAUCAAGGACGAGGAUGAUUACGAGCCUGAGAAGAAGAGCCGAGCCAAGGGUAAAGCUGCUGUGGCAAAACCUGCUGCGGCUAAACCAAAGGUGGAAAGCAAAAGUGCUCAGCGCUUUGCGGAUAUGUUCAGUUCCAAGCCUAGGGUCAAGAAGGAAGUGGAUGCAGAGGUUGUAGAAUUAUCUGACAACUUUUCCGACGAUGACUUUGCUGCUCUUAGCAGGAAACCGGCUGCUCCAAAGCGCACCAAGGCCGUCUCGGCCGCCGCUUCGGCCGCUCAAUCACAAUCAGAGGAGCCGGAAGCUCGUCCAAUGAAGAGAGCGGCAGCUUCCAAGGCUAGAACUAUGCUCGACGACGACUCUGAAUCAGAGGACCAAGACGACGAUAUGGUCGACGUCGGUUCCAUGGUGAAGGGUAUUGAAGCCGCAAAGGAGAGCACGUCGACCGCCCCCUUGAUUAAGUCGGUCUCUGCACGCUCCUUCCAGAUUGACGAUGAUGAUGACGAUGAUGUUCUUGCGUCAUCCCCGCCGGCUCAGAGCAUGAGCAAAGAGGAUGUUCUUGACAGCCUUUUGUCUGAUGAAGACAAAGCUCGAGCCAAACCUCGGUCAUCAACUCUCACUGGAUACGAUUCGGUCAAAAAGAUUGCUCGGCCCAAGCCGGCUGCUGCGAAGCCAAAGCCAAAGGCCGUAGCCAAACCCAAGGCUGCAAGCAAGUCGUCGACUCUGUCGCCAGCUGCAAAGGUGUACGCGGCGAAGAAGGCCUCGGCACUUGCAGAUGAUUCGGAUGAGGAUAUGGGCGUAUCCGGGUCGCCAAGCCCGAAGCGGGCGCCAGCACGGGCUCGUCCAGGUCGUGCGGCUGCGACGAGAAGACGAGUUAUUGUGGAUGAGGACGACUCGCUGAUAGCCGACGAUCAGGAUGACAGCGAUGACCCGUUUGAGAUGGAUGACGACGACGACUAA